AUGGGAUCUACCAAAGGUGCGGAACUCCCCACGAACAAGGAGAAGGUCAUUUUCAUCAUGGGAUCGACUGGAUCCGGAAAAACCAAACUCUCUGUAGAUUUAGCAUUACAGUUUAAGGGUGAAAUCAUCAAUUCUGACAAAAUUCAAGUCUACAAAGGUGGCGAUAUUAUUACUAAUAAAGUCUCGGAGAUCGAGCGCCAAGGAAUUCGCCACCAUUUGCUAGGGUUUAUUGAAGACACUGAGGAGGACUUCACCAUAGAAGAUUUUUGCCACCAUGUCCAAGGUGCCAUUAAAGAAAUUAUUAACAGCAAUUCGAUCCCAAUCAUUGCAGGUGGAUCAAACUCGUACAUCGAGGCACUCGUUGAAUAUCCAAAAAUUAAUUUUGGAGCUAACUAUGAUUGUUGCUUCUUAUUCCUAUAUGUUUCCUUACCAGUAAUAUAUGCUCAUGUGUCAAGAAGAGUUGAUCAGAUGGUGGAGCCAGGUGUUGUGAAUGAGCUAAGACGAUUUUGUGUUCCCGGGGUUGAUUAUGAACGUGGCAUCCGACGAGCGAUUGAAGCUCAGGAGAUGGAUCCCUUUUUCAUGGCGGAGAGAAAUAAUGAAGAUGAGGAUACCAAGAUGUCAUUGCUUGAAGCUGGCAUCAAAGAUAUUAAGGAAAACACCUGCAAGCUCGUUGAUCGCCAAACAGAAAAGAUUCGACGUCUGAAGGAUGAACUUGGAUGGGACAUUCAUCGACUUGAUGUAACAUGUGUGCAUCAGAGACGUGGAGAAGAAGCUGAGAAUGCAUGGAGAGCUUUUGUUUUGGAACCGAGUUUGGCUAUUGUGGAAUGUUUUUUGAAGAAUUUUCCUUAUCCAGGACAGUCAAAAGUCAAAACCUACGUGGUCUAUGUUCGGGAAAAUAAAAAAAUUGCAGCGUUGAGAAAUCUCUGA